AAAAUAAGAAAAGUUUUUUUUUUGCAAAUCAAAAUGAACUGAUACUUUAGGACAAUAACUUGUUUUCUCAUUUCCCAGCACGUAAACCACUAUCUCUGAAAUAGGUCGUGAAAAUGACAAACGCUUAUUCCUUUGAUGGUCUGCUAGUGUUCAGUGUAUUGGUUAUUUGUACUUGUGCCUAUAUGAGCCGUAUACCAAGAUUAAAACAAUGGUUUUUAUCAGAGAAAAAAGGUUUUUUGGGUAUAUUUUAUAAAGCAUCUGUGAUAGGAACCAGAUUACAUAUUCCUGUGGCAUUGACUUGUAUUUUAAUGGCAUUUUAUGUCUUAUUAAUAGACUGAUCUGAAUGACUUCUUUCAAAUACGAACCUUUCAUCAAGUGUCAAGACAUAUGAGCACCCAACAGGUUAUUCAAAAUUCAUUGUUUAUCGUUACUUAUCUUGAAGGCAAUAUAAAAGUAUCUAUUCAUGGAUAUAACAUUAUCAUAUUCCUAGAAGUAAAAGAACAAGUGUAUGGUGUAUAAAAUCCAGCUGCUUGGUGAUUUACACAAUCAGGUAUGCAAGUCUAUGAUGACAGCAGCAAGCAUUGGUUUAGAAGAAGUGCCAUUUCUUUCUUAUACUUACAGACCAAUGUAACUUUCAUCAUCAUCAUCUGUUCAACACAUUCAAAAAUAGCACAUAUUUCUGCCAUGUUUCAUUGUGGAACAAUUGUAUGAACUAAUUGAACAAUUUUAUUUUCAAAUGUAAUUGAUAUUUGUUCAUCUUAAUAUCAUUUAAUAUAUAUGUUUCUAUUCAUACAUGGAUCAUGGCAUGGGUGCAUAGAUAUGUGCUUUAACAUAUUAUACAAUUGGUAUGGGUGUUAAAAUGGGGUUUAUUUUCUAAACAAACUUGUGGUUUUCUUCUGUGAUGUAAAUAAAUAUUGUAAAUAUUGUGGUAAUAAAUCAUAUUUCUAUUCUGUAAA